ACGCACUUGUCAAAAUUUGUUUGCCAAAUUUCAUUCAGGAAAUUUUGAUAUCAAAGAUGCUCAACGGUCUGGUCGCCCACAUGAAAUUGAAACGAGCAAUGUUAAGGCCAUUGUUGGUCAAAAUCCUACCCAAUCAGUGCAAGAUAUUUCUAUUCCCCUAGAUUGUGUCGCACACAAGCGUAGAAAAAAAUUUGCACAAGCUCGGCUAUGUUUCCAGGUUUAAUGUUUGGGUUCCUCACAUGUAUUUUUUUUUUC